CAUCAUAUAACCAUCGACCUCGGUCUCUACAACACCCCAAAUUAUGCAUUGAGCCAGUCUGCUCCAGCCACCGGGCCAUCUACACUCGUUUCUACCCAUCAACCUAUCUCCCCAUCUCUCCCGCGAUCGACCCUAUCAGGGGGGGAAAAAGGAAAAAAAAAAAAGAAACAAAAAUCAUACAAUGGGCCUGAGCAACUCCGCCGUCAUUGUCAUUGUCAUCGUCGCCUGCCUGGCCGCAGUCACCCUGGGCGCUGCCCUAUUCCGCCAGUAUAACCCCGCCGAAGGGGGCAUCGUGGGCCAACGGUUCUCGCGCGAGCAGGAGAUGUACAUGCGAUCGGUGCGACUGAAGAAUCUGGGAUUCAACUACCGCGAGAGUCGCACGCCGAUGCCGAGAGAUGUCGAGUCAGCUAUGACUGCGGAUGACUCGUCACGGUAUUAGCGAGAAACUGGCAUUCUCACUUGAUCGAUCCUUACUGUCCCUACGGUUCGGAGUCCAGAUAUCGAAUAUCAGGCUCUUCGGGCUCCUCAGGCUUUUUAGGCUCUUUCAUACUCUAUCAGGCUCGGUUCGGCGUUGGCGGAUUUCUUCUUGAUCAUAUGCCUUGACGGCUUUAAUCAUUUCUUUUCUCCCUUCUCUCCUCUUUGAUGUAUUAUGAUUGUGAUGGAUGAUUUUUAGCGACUGCGUAUACCAUAUGGAUAUAUGAUUUCCUUUUGAAUU